AUGGAUGAGAAGCCGGUGCCGCCUCCUAGGAGGUUCAAUGCCGUGGGGUUCUGCCUGACUGCGAUCCGGAUAUGGCAGUGGUCCUCGUCUUUCUUCGUCUAUGCCUCCUUCAGCCUGCUUUAUGACCACAUCCAGAAAAAUAGACUGGGUGCGAAUGACCGCAUGCGAGGGGUCCAGAUCCUGGGCCUCGUAUCGCUCGCCUACUCGACAGUUGUCGUGUGCUGUGUCCAUGUCUUUAAGACUCUCGGCCUUCGAACAUGGCGCGUCUUUGCCGUCAUGUCUGUGCCCACUGACCUGACCAUCAUGGGCAUCAACCUGGCCAAGAUCACGAUCUUGGCCUAUUCCGGCCUCCCGGCCGACUGCCACGGUCUCACCAGGGACAACUACGAUGGCAACGACCUCGUCCGCCAACCCACCGACGGCUUCACAACCAUCCGCUUUGGGUCGUUGACCAAGGAGGUCUUGGGCGAGCUCGACGCGCUCUGCACCUUCCCCAGGACUGUCUACGGUCUCUCCGUAGUUGCAAUCUUCUCCUACACCUUCUCUAUCCUCCUGUCGGUACUGUACCUCCAGCAACAUGAAGCAUCCACUGUCGUGGACAGUGAAAAGCUCAGCCACGGAACUGAACAUAUUGAACGCCGAUCCGUCUCAAGUAGACGGUCGUCCAUCGUCUUGGCAAGCGGUCGACCCUCAUCACUGUCGAGCAGGAGCCAUCACAACCCGUCGAGGUCUCCGUCGCCCGGAUCUAUCCGAUCCGCCGCGCCAUCCUACCACAGCAGGGUAACUCAUGGGCAGUCACAAUGGGUACAAGUGUCCCUCCAAGACGACACGCCCCAGAGUAGCAGCACAGGCUCCAGCUCGCGGUCCCUGUCCGUGUCAUCCACCCAAGUCAGCCGCUGCUCCUCGUGGGACGUGACCACCGUAGCCAGCAACAGCGACGCCGACUCGAUCCGCUCAGGGAUAUCGCUCCCUGAUACCGACUCCGUCAUAUCGCGGGGCUCGCUCCCGCCGCCCCCGCUGCCCGGCUCCUCUUCUGAAGCGCCGAGGAGGUGGUCCACCUCGACCAGCUCGUCCUUCAACGCGAAUGCGUUCAUCGUCACGGACGGGUUCCGCCCGGGCGGCAGCCAGAACCACCCGCCAGAGUAUUCCAGCAGGCCUGGAAGCUUGUACCACGAGACGGUGAAAUAUGACGCUGGGCUGGGGCUGCCCAAUGGGCCGGCGCCUUGA